AUGAUCGUCCCAUCUUCAGUGACAAAGGCCUGGAAGAUCCACUCUGCCAGUCCAAAUAUUAUUUAUAACGCAGCGUUCUUCCAACAGCAGCUCUGUCCAAAAUUCAAACCACUCACAGAGACAACCUUUCCACAGACCGAUAACACCAAGCAACACAUCAUCCGCAACGAGAUAAAUAUGCUUUUCACAACCAUCAUCGUCCUCCUCUCCUUGGCCAUCGCCAAGAUGGCCAUCGCGACUGAAUUGGUUGACGACGUCCCCUCUGCCACCGUGACCGUCACCGUGACAGAACCAGUCUGCAUGAACGGCUGCACUGCAGAAACUACUCCACUCUCAGUGGCCAACGCCUUGGCCACCGCCGCCGAUGCUUCAGCUGCAUCUUCCCUCAUCUCCAGCAUGAUGGCUGACGCCCACCGUGGAGAUGUCGGGGCCCAUCAACCUGCUGUGAACACCACGACUGUCACGACCGUUACCAGCGCGACCAACUGUCCCGCCCCACCGACUUUUGAUUUGCCCGCCAUUGUCUCGAGUGUCUUCGAUAGCAAUCUCAACAGCAUCACCGCCAACAACACCGUUGCGAACGGCACCGAGGCUCCUGACAAACGCUGGUCCGAAGGGCGCCAAUCUCUCUGCUUCACCUCGAGCAGCCUCGUCUUUGGGGGCUACUACGCUAUCUUUCUGGACGGCUGGGGCCGAGACAAGGACGGCUGUGGGAGAGGGGCCCUCGACAACCUUCGUGGCCAAUGCUUUGACGUCUCGAACUGGGAAUGCCGAUUUUGGGGUCCCCGCGGCGUGCUGCUGACCUUCUACCUCACGGCUCCACCAAGGGUCAAAUGUGCUUUGGAUGCGAUGUGGCUUGCUUCGCCGGAGGACGCCAAGGAGGAGGGACUUUGCUGCGUGUACUUGGGUUCUCCGGGUUGGACUGACAGUCUGGAAAUCGGGCUCUGA